AUGCACGCCCACGCCAAAGCCAUCCUCCUCGCCGCGCUCCUCGCCGCCCACCAAGCGUCCGCCAGGACGGACCUGAGCGGGUGCGUGUCGUCGGCGACCGUGCGAUACGGCGGCGCGAGCCUCAUCUGGUACGUCCCGGACACCGGCGAGAUCUGCGACUUCCUCGACUGCGGCGGCGGCCGCGCGCCCCCCAAGACCACCGUCCCCGGAUGCGACGCCUACCAGGGCACCGCUACCUACUCCCCCAGCUUCCUGCCGGGCUUCGGUGCCGCCUCGGCGGCCACUCCUACUUCGACUGGGAACUCUGUCGUCGCCUCCGCUUCGGCCUCUACGUCUGCAUCUUCUUCUACUUCUUCUUCUGAGGAGAGUGGUGGUGAUGCUUCAUCUGGCUCUUCUUCGGUGGCGACGACAGCAGCAAGUUCGGCAAGCUCGGCAUCUAUCUCCAGCACGACAGCAGGUGGUGUGACUUCUCUUCCGACUAUUACCUCGGCUCCAAGUGUGACUGCGACGAUAGUAACAAGUACGGGCGGCGCGACGGAGAGCGGCUCUUCCGCGCCGUCCGGAAGCUCGCAGGGAGCCGAGUCUGCUAGCACUUCGAGCGCGAGUAGCGUCUCCGAGGCGGCAGCUGUGCCGACCGCGGCUGUGAAGGGUGCUAUGGGAGUAGCGGUUGGCUUGGUAGCGGGUAUAGCGAUGUUGUGA